AAGAGCAUCAGCUGCACAUGGAAGAGGUGUGCAAGAACAUGGCAGACGCCUGCGCAAAUCCAGAAUCGAAGGCGACGUCACCCAAAAGGCAGAAAUCCUGGCAGGACAUCCUUAUCACUGAUUGGGUGGAUGAUAAAGGAUUACUAGUCACCCAUGUUAACCAAACGCAGGAUUUAAUGCGGCUCAAGAACACGGAGGUGAUGUUUGCUAAUUUAAAAGCCACCGACGACUGGAUUCAGGUCUACAGCUUGGCUAACCUGCAACUCUCCCUGGAGGAUUUGAUGAAAAAAGGCACUGCCACCACCACGGAUGCGAGCAACAUGGUGGAGUUUACCCAAGAGGAGGUCAACAGUUUUGAAUCUCAGCUGCAAAUGGCCAUCGAUCUAUAUGACAAACGGAUGCGUUGGCUUCUCCGAGGCUCUAAGAAGAUGUUCGGCGUCAUUCAAGGAAAUAAAGUUGGCGUUCUGAUCGAAACGUCCAGCGUAGGUUAUGGAUCAGGACUGCAAGGAUUCCAAAUGGACCUCUUGUCGUUAAUUAACGAACAGCUGAGUUACACGAAGAAACUCUACUUGAUUUCGUUUGGAACUGAGGUCUCAGCUCUGUGGGAGGAACCCCAGGCAGUCAAUGGGGAUCGAUUAAAUGAAGCCAGGCAGUGGGUCCAGGAGCUGAAACCUACCCGAGGCUGUAAUUUGCUAAACGCUUUAAAGAAAGUCCUGAAGAUGAGAGAGCUGGACUCCGUGGCGAUCAUAGUAGGAACCUGUCCAGACCAGGCGACGGAAAUUUUGUCUGAUUACAUCCAGCAGUGCUCUGCGGGAAGACGUUUGCUGGUUCACACCGUGGCGUACAACUGCAGCAGUCAGGGGCCUCCUGCCAUUCUCAAAAGAUUGGCUGAAGAGGUGGGAGGCCGUUACCAUUGCUACUCAGGAGAGAUUGAGAGUUGCCACAGCACUGAUAUUCAGCUGGUUCUCUCUGAGCAGCAAAAAGCAGGCAGCUUGCUCAAGAUCGUGGACGAGAUCUACGAGGGCAAGAUGGGUGACUCGCUUUUCAAUUUAGUGAAAAAUAGUUCAACGGAACGUUUAAGCUCAUCGUCUUUGGUACAAUUGUCCAAACCUCUCCAGCACGAGCGCCCUCUUGCAAUCCAGAUCCCCAACUUCUUGGCCAAAUCUUCCGCCGAAUGGUUAAAAGCCAAUGGAUUGCGAGCCAAGAAGCUCGGCCUUUACCAAGUCUUAGCACCCAACGCCUUCUCGCCCGUGGAAGAAUUUGUGCCUGUCCUUCGCAAAACGGUAUCGUCCACUCUGCACGGGAACGCCAUGAUGCAGUUUGAGUGGCACGAUGGGACAGUGAAAAAUAUCCACGUAGAUCCUCCAAUAUUAUAUGAUUACCAGAAGCAGCUGGGGCAGACGGUGAAAUUGUACGAGAGACGCAUUGAUUGGCUAUCUCUUUCCAGCAGAGGAAUUUGGGGAACGGUUUGUGAAAAGAGGGUGGUUAUCCUGGUCGACAUCUCCAAAACGAAUUCCCCUUACAUCUUUCAUCUCCAACAUUCUCUACGCCUUUUAUUGGAAGAGCAAAUGGCUAGUAAGGACCUGUUCAACAUCCUUGCCUUUGGAAGCGACGUUAGGGCUUGGCAACCUGAGAUGGUCCCACCUCAUUCCGACAACUUACAGAGUGCUUGGAGAUGGGUUCUGUGUCUUCGCGCCAAGGGCACCAGGAAUCUUCUGAAGGCCCUCAAAAGAGCCGUGGAGGUGAAUUUUAAAGAUAAAGAUAGGCAUGCAUCUCAAGGCUUGUAUCUGCUGGCAGCUGGAGUGCCAGAUCAGGAGACGCACCUCAUCUCUUCUUACCUGGUUGAAGUCUGUGGGGGCUGUGAUUUGCAACUCCACGUUUGCCUCUUCAGCGUUAACGCUUAUUCGUUUGAAGAAGACCCACCACCACGCUACGCGAGUCCCGAAGAAACCACCACCGCUUACAAAGAAAUUGUGCAGGCCGCCAACGGACGUUUUCAUUGCUUUGGAGAAACAGGUAUCAACGAAAGCGAUGACAUCAGCCUUAUCCUAUCUGAAAUGGAGAAAGCAGUUAAUUACUCUCACAAGUGUGCCGUGUUAGUGGAAUCCUUAAGGCAGAGAUCAGGAAACAUUUCAAGGAACCAGUCACCUCCCAUAACAGAUGACCUGUCAUCCCUAAAGAAAGAAGAAAAAAAAACCAGACCUUCAAAAUUACCAUUUCCCAAGCCGACAGCCCUCACCCUUGCCAGGAUGGUAAAACAGCGCCAGGAUGGCGAGAGGACUGGUAGCCCCAAGGCCCUUUCGUGGCGUCCUCCGAGCGGCAAAGCGGAAAUCCCACCAGUUCAGCCCAUAAAAGAGAUUUUCCUGGCCAGAAAGAAAUUGAACCUCAAGGCAAAAAGACAGCCAGCAAUGUCAGACUCUUUGCUGGAUCACCGCCAAAGGAAAAACAUAGAGGCAGUUUUCAAAAAGAGCGGGAAAAGAUUGAUUGCUUCGCUGAUGUUGCCAAAUGAGGAGGACAUCUGCUCCACCAAGGCAUGGCUCAGUAAAUGCAGCCUGAAAAAGCUGAAGCUAGAUUUGGCCACUGUCGUGUUUGGACCCGGGAGCGUCCAUCGGAAGCAGAUGGUGGAAUCGUUGCACAAGAAAGUUGCAGCAAAAUAUUGCGACAUUUUCCCAAGUGUAGAGAUGCAGGGGAUGGUGAAGCAUCUGCAGAUUCAACCCAAAGAUUUGGAUGAUUACAUCAAGCAGUUGGAGAGAGUGUUGCAAUGCUACGUCCGGAGAGUACAGUGGCUUCUCUCGGGCAGUCGCCGAUUCUUUGGAGUCAUCUUGGAAGCCAAAGUUUGCAUCCUCAUUGACACAUCUGGUUCCAUGGAGCACACCUUGAGUCUGGUUGCCAAAGAGCUCACCUCCCUAAUCUGGGAACAACUGAGGAAGAAGGCCACCAAGUUCAAUCUCAUCGCUUUCUCAGAAGAGGUCCAACUUUGGCAGAAGACCCUUGUGGAGGCCACCGAUGAAAUGUGCCACGAGGCUGCCCAGUGGGUGUCACUCUUUCAGGCUCAUGGGAAUACAUCCAUUUUGAAGGCUUUACAGAGGGCCUUUGGUCUUGAAGAGGUAGAAGCCCUCUACAUUCUGACCGAUGGAAAACCUGACACCAGUUGCAACUUAAUUCUCAAAGAAAUUGAAGCGCUUACAAAGAGUCGGGCCGUUACCAUCCACACCAUUUCUUUCAAUUGCUUGGACAGAGUGGCCAAUGACUUCCUCAAGAAACUCGCCUUCCAGACCGGCGGACGCUACCAUCGUUGCCACGGAGAUGUGGACGGACAGUUGGCCGCACACCAACUGCUUUCGCAAGGCUUUAAAGAUGAGGAGGAUCCCGUUUUCCCUUUGUUUGAAGGAGACGAUUUGAAGAAGCUUGUCGCAGAAAUCGACAAAGCUAGGAAAUAUUUAACGCAGGCAAAGAGGUUUAGAUCACUUUUAGAAAGAAAAAAAAAAGAACACGAAUGA